AUGGCCGCCCGCGCUACGGUCGCACUCUUGCUGCUCCUGCGGCCCGCGCGCGGUCUGGAAAACAAGUACAACGAGAACCCGGACUGCGACCCGUCGGCGCUCCUCGGCGGCGCGCCGCCGGCGCCGCUCGCGGCCCUGGCGCGCUGCACGCGGUCGCGGGACCUGGCGCUCGUCGGGAACAGCGUGACGCGCCACGUCUACUUUAGCAUCGCCAACGUGCUGCGGAGCGGCGAGGUCGGCGACGUCGUCGCCGCGGGCGCGCGGAUCCGCGCGGACCGCGUGUUCAACGCGGACCACGACCCGGACGCGCUCGUCCGCGGCGCCUGCGACGAGGCGCUGCCGGGCGACGGCCACCUCUUCGCGUACUGGAACACGACGGGCCAGCUGCCGGCUGGGCGGGAAACAAAAAUAUUCAACACGACUUUAAUAUGCAAGCUGCCCGAGGACGCGCUCGGCCGGCUCCGCGCGCACGCCGCGCAGCGCGGCACGCGGCUCACGAUCGUCGUCUUCAACACGCUCAUGCACGCGCUCUCGGAGCCGCGGGCGCGGGACCUCGACGCGCUCGCCGCGGCCGUCGCCGACAGCGUCGCGGCCGUCGCCGACGCCGCGCGCGGCUGGGCGGAGCUCGCGUGGCUCCCCGCGCCGCGCGUCUGCGGGCCCGCGCCGGGCUGGGCCAUCAAGCACUUUGGGCUGCCGGACUACGGCGGCGACGAGCUCAACGCGCGCGUCGCGCGCCACAACGCCGUCGUGGCGCGGCGCCUCGCGCGCCUCGCGCCCGCCGUGCUCCGCGUCCGCGCCGUCGCCGCGAUGGACCCCGCGGGCGCCGACGGCGCCGCGGCCUGCGCGUGCUACGACGACUACGUCCACCACCACCGCAUCACCUUCAACGUGAUCUCCAACGUCGUCGACGACCUCACGGCCGCGGGCUACUGCGACGGGGACGUACAUAUAGAACGGUUUUGGGGCCAUCGGAUCAUCGCCGGGCGCUACAUCCUCGAAAGACUAUCAGGAGUCCCGCAGGGCUCGGAUCUCGACGCCAUCAUGUGGGCGUGCUGCGUGGCGGGGCUGGGCGCGCGCGCGCUCGCGCCGCGGCGCGCGCUGCGGUCGGCGCCGCGCAUGGCGACGCCGACGCCCGUGGAGUGCGCCGUGCCCGGCACGGGCCUCGUGCUGCGCGGCGUGCGCCACGCCUUCGGCGGGCCCGCCGCGGAGGACGGCGGCGGCCGCUGGAUCUUCCUCCACGGCUGGCUCGACAACGCCGCGUCCUUCGAGCGCCUCGCGCCGCUCCUCGCGUCCGACCCGUCGUUCGCGGACGUCGUCCUGCUGGACCUCGCGGGCCACGGCCUCUCGGACCACCGCAACGCGGCGUACCACGUCGUCGACUACGCGGCGGAGGCCGUCGCGGUCGCGGACGUUCUCUUCGGGAAGGACGCGCGCUUCAACGUCGCGGGCCACAGCCUCGGCGGCGGCGUCGCGCUGCUCGUCGCGGGCGCGUGGCCCGAGCGGAUCGCGCGCGUCGCGGCGCUCGAGUCCGUGGGCGUGCUGAGCGCGCCCGCGGCCGACGCGCCGGCGCUGCUGCGCGCCGCGUGCCGAAGGGCGCCGUCCGGGCGGCUCGCGGAGCACGCGUCCGUCGAGGCCGCCGCGUCGGCGCGCGCGCGGAAGAACGUCGUGCCCGACGACGCGUUCGGCGAGGCGGAGGCGCGGGUCCUGGCCGCGCGGGGCACGGCGGCGCGCGGCGAGGGCGUCGUCUGGCGCGCGGACCCCUGGCUGCUCCAGCCCACGCGGCUCCGGCUCCCGGGGGACGCGGCGCUCGCGUUCGCCAGGGCGGUGCGGGCGCCCGCGCUGCUCCUCGUCGCGCGGGACGGCAUGUUCCGGCGGCUCGGCGCCGUCGACCCGUUCUCGCGGCUCGCGGCCUGGGCCGCGGCGGCCGCCGCCGCGCUCCUCCGCGCGGCCGCCGCGGCCGCGGCCGCCGCCAACGGCGGCCGGGCGCCCGCGGCGCUCCGCCGCGCGCGCGACGCCGCGCGGCUCGUCGCCGACCUCGCCGCGCGGGCCCGCGCGCUCCCGUCGCCGACCGUCGCGCGGCUCGAGCGCGGCGGCCACCACGUCCACCUCACGGAGCCGGCCGCCGUCGCGCGCGAGCUCGCGCGCUGGGCCGCGGCGACGCGGCGGCCCGGGACGUAG